GUUGAGCGGGGCGGGCGGCGGCGGCGGCGGGGCCCGAGCCCGAGAAGAUGGCGGUGCGGAAGAAGGACGGCGGCCCCAACGUGAAGUACUACGAGGCUGCGGACACCGUGACCCAGUUCGACAACGUGCGGCUCUGGCUCGGCAAAAACUACAAGAAGUAUAUACAAGCUGAACCACCCACUAACAAGUCCCUGUCUAGCCUGGUUGUACAGCUGCUACAAUUUCAGGAAGAAGUUUUUGGCAAACAUGUCAGCAAUGCACCGCUCACUAAACUGCCGAUCAAAUGUUUCCUAGAUUUCAAAGCAGGAGGCUCCCUGUGCCACAUACUUGCAGCUGCCUACAAAUUCAAGAGUGACCAGGGAUGGCGGCGUUAUGAUUUCCAGAAUCCGUCACGUAUGGACCGCAACGUGGAAAUGUUCAUGACUAUUGAGAAGUCCUUGGUGCAGAAUAAUUGCCUGUCUCGACCUAACAUUUUUUUGUGCCCAGAAAUUGAGCCCAAACUACUAGGGAAAUUAAAAGACAUUAUCAAGAGACACCAGGGGACGGUCACUGAGGAUAAGAACAAUGCCUCCCAUGUUGUGUAUCCUGUCCCAGGGAACUUGGAAGAAGAGGAAUGGGUACGACCAGUCAUGAAGAGGGAUAAGCAGGUUCUUCUGCACUGGGGCUACUAUCCUGACAGUUAUGAUACGUGGAUCCCAGCCAGUGAAAUCGAAGCAUCUGUGGAAGAUGCUCCAACUCCUGAGAAACCUAGGAAGGUUCAUGCAAAGUGGAUCCUGGACACAGACACCUUCAAUGAAUGGAUGAAUGAGGAAGACUAUGAAGUAAAUGAUGACAAAAAUCCUGUCUCCCGCCGAAAGAAGAUUUCAGCUAAGACAUUGACAGAUGAGGUGAACAGCCCAGAUUCUGAUCGCCGAGACAAGAAGGGGGGUAACUAUAAAAAGAGGAAACGCUCCCCAUCUCCUUCACCCACCCCGGAAGCUAAGAAGAAAAAUGCUAAGAAAGGUCCCUCAACACCUUAUACCAAGUCAAAGCGUGGCCACAGGGAAGAGGAACAAGAGGAUCUGACAAAGGACAUGGAUGAGCCCUCACCAGUUCCCAACGUAGAAGAAGUGACACUGCCCAAAACAGUCAACACUAAGAAGGACUCCGAGUCAGCCCCCGUCAAAGGAGGCACCAUGACUGACCUGGAUGAACAGGAGGAUGAAAGCAUGGAGACCACGGGCAAGGAUGAGGAUGAGAACAGUACCGGGAACAAGGGGGAGCAGACCAAGAAUCCAGACCUGCAUGAGGACAACGUGACUGAACAGACCCACCACAUCAUCAUUCCCAGCUAUGCUGCCUGGUUUGACUACAAUAGCGUUCAUGCCAUCGAGCGGAGGGCUCUCCCCGAGUUCUUUAACGGCAAGAACAAGUCGAAGACUCCAGAGAUCUACCUGGCCUAUCGAAACUUCAUGAUUGACACUUACCGAUUGAACCCCCAAGAGUAUCUUACCUCCACUGCCUGCCGCCGGAACCUGGCAGGUGAUGUCUGUGCCAUCAUGAGGGUUCAUGCCUUCCUGGAACAGUGGGGUCUUAUUAACUACCAGGUGGAUGCUGAGAGUCGACCAACCCCCAUGGGGCCUCCGCCCACCUCUCACUUCCAUGUCUUGGCUGACACACCAUCAGGGCUGGUGCCUUUGCAGCCCAAGACUCCACAGGGCCGCCAGGUUGAUGCUGAUACCAAGGCUGGGCGAAAGGGCAAAGAGCUGGAUGACCUGGUGCCAGAGACGGCUAAGGGCAAGCCAGAGCUGCAGACCUCUGCUUCCCAACAAAUGCUCAACUUUUCUGACAAAGGCAAAGAGAAACCAACAGACAUGCAGAACUUUGGGCUGCGGACAGACAUGUACACAAAGAAGAAUGUCCCCUCCAAGAGCAAAGCUGCGGCCAGUGCCACUCGAGAGUGGACAGAACAGGAGACCCUGCUACUCCUGGAGGCACUGGAAAUGUACAAAGAUGAUUGGAACAAAGUAUCUGAGCAUGUGGGAAGCCGCACACAGGACGAGUGCAUCUUGCAUUUUCUUCGUCUUCCCAUUGAAGACCCGUACCUGGAGGACUCGGAGGCCUCCCUGGGCCCCCUGGCCUACCAGCCCAUCCCCUUCAGUCAGUCGGGCAACCCUGUUAUGAGCACUGUUGCUUUUCUGGCCUCCGUUGUUGAUCCCCGAGUUGCCUCUGCUGCUGCAAAGUCGGCCCUAGAGGAGUUCUCCAAAAUGAAGGAAGAGGUACCCACAGCCUUGGUGGAGGCCCAUGUUCGGAAAGUGGAAGAAGCGGCCAAAGUGACAGGCAAAGCAGACCCAGCCUUCGGUCUGGAAAGCAGUGGCAUUGCGGGAACCACCUCUGAUGAGCCAGAGCGGAUUGAGGAGAGUGGAACUGACGAGGCAAGGGCGGAGGGCCAGGCCACAGAUGAGAAGAAGGAGCCCAAGGAACUCCGAGAAGGAGGAGGGGCUAUAGAAGAAGAAGCAAAGGAGAAAACCAGUGAGGCUCUCAAGAAGGAUGAAGAGAAAGGGAAAGAAGGCGACAGCGAGAAGGAGUUGGAGAAGAGUGAUGGGGACCCAAUAGUUGAUCCUGAGAAGGAGAAGGAGCCAAAGGAAGGGCAGGAGGAAGUGCCGAAGGAAGUGGUGGAAUCGGAGGGGGAAAGGAAGGCAAAGGUGGAGCGGGACAUUGGUGAGGGCAACCUCUCCACCGCUGCCGCCGCUGCCCUGGCUGCUGCUGCAGUGAAGGCCAAGCACUUGGCUGCUGUUGAAGAAAGAAAGAUCAAAUCUUUGGUGGCCCUGCUGGUGGAGACUCAGAUGAAAAAGUUGGAGAUCAAACUCCGCCACUUUGAGGAGCUGGAGACGAUCAUGGACCGGGAACGAGAAGCACUGGAGUAUCAGAGGCAGCAGCUCCUGGCCGACAGACAAGCCUUCCACAUGGAACAGCUGAAGUAUGCAGAGAUGAGGGCUCGGCAGCAGCAUUUCCAACAGAUGCAUCAACAGCAGCAGCAGCCACCACCAACCUUGCCCCCAGGCUCCCAGCCUAUCCCCCCCACAGGGGCUGCUGGGCCACCCGCAAUCCAUGGCUUGGCUGUGGCUCCGGCCUCUGUGGCUCCUUCUGCCGGCAGUGGGGCCCCUCCUGGAAGCUUAGGUCCUUCUGAACAGAUUGGGCAGGCGGGGUCAACAGCAGGGCCACAGCAGCAGCAACCAACUGGAGCACCCCAGCCUGGGGCAGUCCCACCAGGAGUACCCCCCCCUGGACCCCAUGGCCCCUCACCGUUCCCUAACCAACAAACUCCUCCCUCAAUGAUGCCAGGGGCAGUGCCAGGCAGCGGGCACCCAGGCAUGGCGGACCCAGGCACCCCCCUGCCUCCAGAUCCCACAGCCCCGAGCCCAGGCACGGUUACCCCUGUGCCACCUCCACAAUGAGGAGCCAGCCAGACAUCUCUUCCCUCACCCCCCGUGGAGAUUGCGGUUCCAGGAACAGCCCUCCCCCAACCACUGGGACCCUUCCCCAGCCUGGAGAGUUCAUCACUACGUAAGGAAAGCUCCUCCUGCCCCUCCAAAGCCCCCACCAUGCCGAACAGAGGCAUGCAUUUUUAUAUCGGAUUAUUCAAGGACUUUUGUUUAAAAGAUGUUUCUAAUGUCUGGGAGAGAGGAUAGGAUUGGGAAUGCUGCCCUCAAAGGAAGGGCUGGGGAAAGAUGUUUAUACAAGGUUCUAAUUAACCACUUCCAAAGGUGCA